UCUCACACACACUCACCCUCUCCCCCUGUCACACACUCUCAGGAGCAGCGCUUUGACGCACCACGCAGAGUUGGAUUAUAGUAUUGCGCGCUGGUCUGUCUUUCACCGGGUUUUCUCCCUCACAUUAGCUGCGCCCUUGCCACUGACCGGCAGCUGAUAUAAUAUCGGAAUCAAUAUCUCUCCUCCACGGUGACCUCUGCUGAGCUUUUGGGAGAACCGAGCGCUGCCGCUGUUUCCUCGCCGGACGCGUGUUGUGAAUUAAUGACCAAGACAGCCUUUACCUGGAGUGUGCGUAUGCACUAAGCGUGUGAAUGUGAGUGUGUGCGCGUGUGUGUGUGUGUGUAUGCGUGAAAGUGGAUUUCUUUGGAUCACGUCAAGGAUCGAGGUGUUCCUGUGUCCCGACUCCGCGAGCACACAUUUAUAUUCACAGACACGGCACGCACCGGGGGGAUUUGGGCACCGCAUGCCGCGGACAUGUGGAAGUUUGCGCCGCUGUAGCGCAGCCACAGAGCCGGUCCACCGUCUCGCCGACCUCCCCUCUUCAUUCCCGGGGAGACCCAACUCCCGGUCCGCAGGCUCCGCGCACUGAACCUCCUCCAACAGGACCCAAAUGUAAAUUCAGAACGAGAUUUUUUAUUUUUUAUUUUCUCUCAAACACACGUCUGCAAACGGGGACAACGAGAAGAGGAGGACGGCAUCCCGUUGCGGGCAGAGUUUGGUGAGCUCCUACGGAGAUUUCAGGGCUUUAUUUUUUAUUUUUUUUUACGCCCUUACAUUCUUUCAGUAUUUUGUGGGUCUCAAAUUGGCCCCCCACUUGCCGCAGUGAUGGUGGGAGCUCUGUGUCCCGUUGGCCCCGGCCGCUCUCCGGCUCUCUCUGCGCCGGGGCUGCUGGUGGCUGUUCUGAUCCUGGUCCUGUCCAGCGGGGCGGACGGCCAGCCCUGCCCGGCCCAGUGCUCCUGCACCGGGACUACAGUGGACUGUCACGGCCAAGGGCUUCGCAGCGUGCCAAGGAAUAUACCCCGCAACGCGGAGAGACUGGAUCUGAAUGCAAACAACCUCACUAAAAUCACCAAGGCGGAUUUUGCAGGACUCAGGCAUCUGCGAGUCUUGCAGUUAAUGGAGAACAAAAUCACCACAAUCGAGAGAGGAGCCUUCCAGGACCUGAAGGAGCUGGAGAGACUGCGCCUGAAUCGGAAUAAUCUGGCCGUGUUUCCCGAGCUGCUUUUCCUGGGAACGACGAAGCUUUACAGACUGGAUCUCAGCGAGAACCAGAUCCAAGGGGUUCCAAGGAAAGCCUUCAGGGGAGCGGUGGAAAUCAAAAAUCUCCAGCUGGACUACAACCACAUCAGCUGCAUUGAAGACGGAGCUUUCCGAGCGUUGCGUGACCUGGAAGUUCUCACCCUGAACAAUAACAACAUCAGUCGACUGUCCGUGGCCAGUUUCAACCACAUGCCAAAGCUCAGGACCUUCCGCCUGCACUCCAACAACCUGCAGUGUGACUGCCACGUAGCCUGGCUGUCAGAGUGGCUGCGGCAGCGCCCCCGCCUGGGUCUCUACACACAGUGCAUGGCCCCUCCACACUUGAGGGGGCACAACGUGGCGGAGGUGCAGAAGAAGGAGUUUGCGUGCACAGACUGGGACGAGGGUCACCAGUCGUCAUCAUCUUCCUCCUGCAGUGUGUUACAGUGCCCAGAGUCCUGCACCUGCAGUAACAACAUUGUGGACUGCAGAGGGAAGGGUCUGACGGAAAUACCCACCAACCUGCCCGAAACCAUUACCGAGAUACGAUUGGAGCAGAACGCCAUCAAGGUGAUCCCAGCUGGGGCCUUUUCUCCUUAUAAGAAGCUGCGCAGGAUAGACUUGAGUAACAAUCAGAUAUCAGAGCUGGCCUCAGACGCCUUCCAGGGUCUGCGCUCCCUCAACUCUCUGGUGCUGUACGGGAACAAGAUCACUGAGAUUUCCAAAGGGCUGUUUGAGGGGCUGUUUUCCCUGCAGCUGUUGUUACUGAAUGCUAAUAAGAUAGCGUGCCUGCGGGUGGACGCUUUUCAGGACCUUCACAACCUCAAUUUGCUAUCACUGUAUGACAACAAGCUCCAGACCAUCGCCAAGGGGACCUUUUCAUCUCUAAGAGCCAUACAGACACUUCACUUAGCCCAAAACCCGUUUAUCUGUGACUGCCAUCUGAAGUGGCUGGCGGACUACCUGCAGGACAAUCCCAUCGAGACGAGCGGCGCCCGCUGCACCAGCCCCCGGCGUCUCGCCAACAAACGCAUCGGACAGAUCAAGAGCAAGAAGUUCAGAUGCUCAGCUAGAGAACAGUAUUUCAUCCCAGGAGUACACCACACCGGCUGUACCGAGGAUUACCGCAGCAAGCUCGGAGGCGACUGCUUCGCCGACUUGGCCUGCCCCGAGAAGUGUCGCUGCGAGGGCACGACGGUCGACUGCUCCAACCAGAAACUCACCAAAAUACCGGAUCACAUUCCUCAGUACACGGCGGAACUGCGCCUGAACAACAAUGAGUUCACUGUUCUGGAGGCGACGGGGAUCUUCAAAAAGUUGCCUCAGCUGAGGAAGAUAAACCUCAGUAAUAACCGCAUCACUGACAUAGAGGAGGGCACAUUCGAAGGAGCCUCCGGGGUCAACGAGCUGAUCCUGACGUCCAACAGGCUGGAGAACGUGCACCAUCGCAUGCUGAAGGGACUGGGCGGCCUCCGCACACUCAUGCUGAGGAGUAACCGCAUCAGCUGCGUGAGCAACAGCAGCUUCGUGGGGCUGAGCUCCGUGCGCCUCCUGUCGCUCUACGACAACCAGAUCACCUCCAUGAACCCCGGCGCCUUCGACACGCUGCACUCCCUGUCCACACUAAACCUCCUGGCCAAUCCCUUCAACUGUAACUGCCACCUGGCUUGGCUCGGCGACUGGCUGAGGAGGAAGCGCAUCGUCACGGGCAACCCUCGCUGCCAGAGCCCGUACUUCCUGAAGGAGAUUCCCAUUCAGGACGUGGCCGUCCAGGACUUUGCUUGUGAAGAUGGUAACGAUGAGAACAGCUGCUCUCCGGUGCUGAGGUGUCCGGCAGAGUGUUCCUGCCUGGACACGGUGGUGCGCUGCAGCAACAAGGGGCUCACGACGCUGCCCAAAGGCCUCCCCAAGGAGACCACCGAACUGUAUUUGGACGGGAAUCACUUCACCCAGGUUCCUGUGGAGCUUUCCAAUUACAAACACUUAACACUCAUUGAUUUGAGUAACAACCAGAUCAGCACGUUGUCCAACCACAGCCUCAGUAACAUGUCCGAGCUGCUUACCCUAAUCCUGAGCUACAAUCGCCUGCGAUGCAUCCCGGUGAGGGCCUUCGACGGACUCAAGUCUUUACGUUUGCUGUCUCUCCAUGGUAACGACAUAUCGCUGAUACCAGAAGGAGCCUUCAAAGACCUGUCGUCACUUUCCCACCUGGCUCUCGGCGCCAACCCGCUGUACUGCGACUGCCACAUGCAGUGGCUCUCAGACUGGGUGAAGAGCGGCUACAAGGAGCCAGGCAUCGCCCGCUGCACAGGCCCCGGCGAUAUGACCGAUAAACUGCUCCUCACGACGCCUUCUAAGAAGUUUACCUGCACAGAAGUCCCCGGGCCUUGUGGUUUUCUGGUGCCAGGCCCAGUGGACAUGAGUAUCCAGGCUAAGUGUGAGCCUUGCCUGUCCAGUCCCUGUAAGAACGACGGCACAUGCGCCAACGACCCGGUGCACUACUACCGCUGCACAUGCCCUUAUGGAUUUAAGGGUCAAAACUGUGAGGAGCCCAUUCACGCCUGCAUCAGUAACCCAUGCCAGAACGGUGGAACUUGCCAUCUGAAGGAAGGAGAGGAGAGCAACUUUUGGUGUGUUUGCCCGGAGGGCUUCGAGGGCGACGCGUGUGAGAUCAACAUUGACGACUGUGAAGACAACGACUGCGAGAACAACUCCACCUGCGUCGACGGGAUCAACAACUACACAUGCAUGUGCUCACCGGAGUACACAGCUGCUACCAAUGAGGUGGAGAGAGGGGAGCUGUGCGAAGAGAAGCUGGAUUUCUGCGCCCCAGAGCUGAACCCGUGUCAGCACGACUCAAAGUGUAUUUUGACCCCUCAGGGAUACAAGUGCGAGUGCACUCCGGGUUUUGUAGGGGAGCACUGUGAGCUGGACUAUGACGACUGCGAAGAGAACAAGUGUCAGAACGGAGGUCAGUGCAUCGACGCCGUUAACGGAUACACCUGCGUCUGUCCGGAGGGAUACAGCGGCUUAUUCUGCGAGUUCUCUCCGCCGAUGGUUCUCCCUCGCACCAGCCCCUGCGACAACCACGAGUGCCUCAACGGGGCGCAGUGCGUUGUCGUGGGAACCGACCCCCGCUGCCAGUGUCUCCACGGCUACGAGGGCGAGCGCUGCGAGACACUGGUCAGCGUCAACUUCGUGAACCGCGAGUCGUACCUCCAGCUUCCCUCCAGCCUCCUCUCACCAGAGACCAACAUCAGCCUCCAGAUUGCUACAGAUGAGGACAGCGGCGUGUUGCUGUACAAGGGAGACAAUGAUCACAUUGCCAUGGAGCUGUACAGGGGACGUCUCAGGGUCAGCUACGACACCGGAUCCUACCCGCCUUCUGCCAUAUACAGUGUGGAGACGGUGAACGACGGUAGCUUCCACGCCGUGGAGUUGGUGGCGUCAGACCAGACCCUGUCUCUGUCCAUCGAUGGCGGGCCGCCCAAAUCCAUCAACUCCAUCAGCAAGCAGUCCACGCUCAACAUAGAUUCUCCUCUUUACCUGGGAGGUAUGCCGGAGCGAGCCUCGGCCUCCGGGGGCCUCUCGGCCCUGCAGCACAGCUCGGGGGGCCGCAACGGCACCAGCUUCCACGGCUGCCUCCGCAACCUCUACAUCAACGGGAAGCUCCAGGACCUGGGGGCCGGCCUGACCCCGGGGGCCUCGGGCUCGGGGACCCCGCAGGGCACCAGCCGGCAGUGGCUCGGCCAGGGGGUGGAGCCGGGCUGCCAGCCGUGCCAGAGAGGCGCCUGCGUCCAGGGGGACUGCCACCCGACCGGCCACCGGGGCUUCACCUGCACCUGCCACGCGGGCUGGACCGGAACCCUGUGCGACCAGCAAGUCAGCAACCCCUGCGACGGCAACAAGUGCAUCCACGGCACUUGCCUCCCGAUCAACUCCUACUCGUACUCCUGCCGCUGCCAGCCGGGCUUCGCCGGCGUUCUCUGUGACGAGCAGGACCAGGACGCGGACAACCCCUGCAGCCUGGCUCGCUGCAAACACGGCAAAUGCCGGGUGUCGGGUCUGGGCAAGGCGUACUGCGAGUGCAACAGUGGAUACACGGGAGAGGCGUGUGACAGAGAGGUGGCCUGCCGAGGGGAACGGGUCCGAGAUGUCUACCAGAGACAGCAAGGCUACGCGGCGUGCCAAACCCAGGAGAAGGUCUCCCGUCUAGAGUGUCGGGGCAGCUGCCCGGGGGGAGCAGAAGGACAGGACACCUGCUGCACCCCCCUCCGCAGCAAACGCAGGAAAUACACCUUCCAGUGCACCGACGGCUCCUCUUUUGUCCAGGAAGUGGAGAAAGUUGUCAAAUGCGGCUGUACAAAGUGUUCUUCAUAAAAAAAAAAAAAAAAAUUUAAAAAAAAAAAUUAAAAAUGGAAAGCGAGAAAAAAAAAGAAAAAAGAAGAGACAACGCCCUCGGCAGAUUUCCUCCUCUCCAGAUAUGUUCUGUGUUCCUGCCCGCCUUACUUGAUCCCCCCUUUACCCUGUUGUCCAAGGUCCCCAUGAGGAAACCCUACACCCUCUGCAGUACUCACCCCCACCCACACCCCAACCAACCUGUUUUUUUUUUUUUAAACCCGGGAAAAGGUUAAAAAAAAAUAAAAAAACUAAAGGAAACAACUAAAAAAAAAAAAAAAAAGAGUUUCUUUCCUCUUGUCAGUGCUGGACUGAUGAUUGAUGCUUCCUCGGUGGGGAUUUUGAAUCGUAUUGUAAAGUACAAAAAACAGACUUAUUUUUUAUUAUGAAGUGGAGAAAAAGACAAAAAAAAAAACAAACAAACACAAGAGUUGACUUUUUCCUUACUCCAACGGUGUGUGCCACGCUGUCUAUUCCCUGGAGGACUGAUGGACCGACCGCUUCCUGUGUAGACCUUCUGCUUCCCGUCUGUGCGUUUUUAGGAGUAACCUUUAACAGGUAGCACCACAGACUCACCACUAGGAGGAGCUGGUUUUUAGGGAGAGGGUGGCAAACACGAGGAAACCAUCGUCGUAGUUUGGCAAGUCUCCCUUAGCGCGGUCCCUUCCUGACUGUGUGCAUGGUCCUACACACAGCUGUGUGCUCAAACUUGUGGUAUUUUAUACAGCUACUGAAAAACACAAACACCUUUUUCGAAUGCUCUCACCUGUAGAGUUAAACGUUGUACCUGCCAGGUUAAAUACACUACUCUCUGUUUAUGCCCCCACUCCCCCGCCCACCUCCCCUCACCCCCCAACCCCCCCAGUCAUGAAUGACAAGUAUUUAUUGUAUCAUAAAUACCUGUACUUAUUCAGUAGACCCCCCUCCCUCCCCCCCAUGUAUCAAUCUGAUUCUUUUAAUAUAUAUUAAUUUAUAUUUGUCCUUAUUUUUGUAUUAAAAAGACAUAAUCUGUCAAGAUAGCUCAACUAACAAAAUGGUGUCCUUUAUUUUGGUUGAAGAGAAGUUGUGUUUUUGUUGCUUUUUUUUUUUUUUUUUGGAUCACUGAAACUAUUGUGCUUGCCAGAGACCUUAGUUACAUUUUAAUCUGCAAAUGUGACGUGAAGACAUUGUAUAUUUUUGUCGCGUUUCCUGAGAGUUUGUACUGUGCCAUUACCAGAAGGUCUUUAUAUUAGAGUAUAAAUGUAUAGAUAAUUUCCCUACCUUAUGUAUUUCACACACAGAUCUUGUGCGUAGCAUUGACCCUAGAGGAUGCUUAGAACUGUUUUUACCUUUUUAACAAAUUUAUGCUUAAAGAAUACUGUGACUUUUUCUAAAUGAAACUACUUUGUUAGCCCCUUGGUCUCCGAUGUUAACAUGUUGCUGCUAAGUUUUUGUACCGUAGACUUGGAUCCUGAUCUGUAUGUUAUAUAGAACUUCCUGCUCCUACUGUACGGGGGCGCCUUGUGUAACAGAUAAAUAUGUCCCCCCCCGCCUCUACACAUGUGCAUUGUGCUUUAUAUUCCCCCCUCUCCCUUCUCCAUCCCCAGACUAAUGUCAGUUCCCUGACUGAUGUUUGUUUAUUAAACACAAUAUUUACCUCA